AUGAGACAACAUCCCUCUCAGACUCAAGCGAUUAACGAAUAUUACGAGAAUGAUAUGCUCAUGGAUGAAGAUCAAAAUCUCUCUGAAGAUGAGCUUGAACAACAAGAUGUAGAAAUACACGGAGAAAAUAUAAUGUUUGAGGAUCAAGCAGAAGAUGUGGAUGAACAAUAUAUUUUGGACCAUUAUAAUCCUCCACAAUCACCAAUGAAAAGCCUCAAUAUUAGUAAUAAUUCGGGAAAUGAUGAAGGUACUGGAUCCACAACAACUGAUGAUUUCGGAAUCCCACAUGUUUCUAUCAAUUUACAAACAGCCUCUCCUUCGUCUUAUAAGAAAAAACCAACUUUUGGUACUUCGGAAGGUUCUGUUAGUUCUACUAAGAAUCCUUAUUAUUCCUCACCAAAGAAAGCCACAACAGUUAAAAUUGGUACACCCCAACAACAACAACAGGAUGAUAAAAAGAGAUCUAUCCUAAAGGAAAACAAUGAAGAGGAGGGAUACCGUAAUCCUCAAGUGAUUCCCCAACCUUCAAAUGUUCCAACCAAGAAGGCAUCACCAAGAGUUAAGUUUGACAGUACUCAAACCUCAGUUAUGGGAGUUGCAACAGCAUCUUCCCAAGAUAUGAUGUCCCAUGAAGAAUUCCAGAAACGUUUCAUUGAGAGAGCUUCAUCACCUCCUCCAUUUUCUGUUAUCACAGAGGAAAAGCUUGCCAAGUUAGAUGAUCUGGAAAAGUUGGUUUCAAAUGUUGUUGAAAAGAUUAUCAGUGAGAAGACUGAAGAGAUUAAGAACUUUUCUGAAUAUCUCAAUACUGGAGUUUUACAAGUUAUGGAAACACAAUUCAACACGAUGGCUAAUGUAAGAAAUUCUCCAUCCUAUACAUUUGAAGAAUCUCCUCAAUUUAAGGAGCUUUUGGAAAAAUUGGAGUUUUUGAAUGCAGAAAAUGAACAUUUAAAGUUGCUUUUGGAAGAAAAAGAGCUUGAAGUUGAUAGUCUUAGAGAAGAAGCAGAAACAAUGAGACAAAGAUACAUAAUGGAUAUUGAUAAGUUGACUUCUGAAGUUGCAGAAUCUAGGCUUCCAAGAAGAAGCCCUGAACCUGCUGAUCAUGUUAAAAACAGAAUAGAAAGACCUGAGGAAGAAGACGAAGAAGAACCAAGAAACUAUGACAGCCCUAAGAGAAAUUCUCCACCACCAAGUAGAACUCCUCCACCUACAAAUGUUUCAUCUAGAACUCCUGAACCAGCAAUGAGAAGAAGUAUUGACUUUAAUUCAGCUGUAAGAUCAGCUCUUCAAAGUAUGUCAAAGGAUCAAACCAACCCACUCUCCAAAUCAUUUGAUUCCAAACAAUUCCAAGCAGAAUCUCAAGAACCACAAGAUGGUGAAUCAUCUCCUGAACCAAUGAGCGUUGACAGAACACAAAAAAAGACAAACAAAACGCUUGAUUCAAUCACUGAAAGAAUGUUGAGAUCUCUCAAAGGACCAGUUAAGGCUGAAGACAAUGCUAAACAAAUCGAUAAGAUGGUUGGAGAAAUUAGAGAACAAUUCAAAGAAAGAGGUGUUAUGUUACCUCUGAAGAAAGUUAAAGAUUGUGUGUUUUCACUUGGGGACGGUAAAACAGCUAGGAAGGUGCAUCUAAAUAUUAUUAAUGGUGUGUUGAAAGUUAAAAUCGGAGGUGGAUAUGAUGAUUUUAUGAAAUUCCUUUCUCAGUCAGUUCGUUUACUGCAAGUUAAAAAGAAAUUGUAA